AGGGAAAGAUACCCUCCGUGUCUGAAAAUCUAAAGACUAAUUCAAAAGCUCUCUGUCCCUCCCUUUCAAGUCUCCUGCUUUCCUUUCUCUCUAAAAUCUCACUUAGGGUUUCUUUGCAGUGAAGACUGAAGGGUUUCUCGAAGAAGAUUCAGCUGCAGAAAGGGAGGUUUGAGUACAGUAAUGAGAAGAUAGAACAAGGGUCGAGGAUACUUGUACAAUACUGGCCAUGGAUCCAGCAGAGCAAACACAACAGCAACAGCAAUCACAGCAGCCUGUGAUAGGAGUUGUAGCUGGUGCAGGCCAGAUGAGCUAUGCCCCAAAUCCCUACCAAACUUCUCCCAUGAUGGCUUCUGGUGCACCUACAGUAGCUUUGCCUUCCCCUACUCAACCGCCAACCACAUUCUCUAAUUCCCAACACCAACUUGCCUUCCAACAAGCUCAGCACUUCCACCACCAACAGCAGCAGCAACAGCAGCAGCAGCUUCAAUUGUUCUGGGCCAACCAAAUGCAAGAAAUCGAGCAAACAAACGACUUCAAGAACCACAGUCUCCCACUUGCUCGGAUCAAAAAGAUAAUGAAAGCUGACGAAGAUGUCCGGAUGAUAUCAGCAGAGGCUCCAGUCAUCUUCGCAAAGGCAUGCGAAAUGUUCAUUCUGGAACUGACUCUUCGCUCCUGGAUCCACACAGAAGAAAACAAAAGGAGGACACUACAGAAGAAUGAUAUCGCAGCUGCAAUCUCAAGGACUGACGUCUUUGAUUUCUUGGUUGACAUUAUCCCGAGAGAUGAACUGAAAGAGGAGGGUCUAGGAGUCACAAAGGCUUCCAUUCCUGUGGUGGGUUCACCUGCCGAAAUCCCAUACUACUACUUCCCUCAGCACCAUGUUGCACCCACAGGAACAAUCAUGGGAAAGCCAGCCGAUCAAGCUGCACUCUACACCGGCCAGCAACCUCGACCACCAGUGCCUUUCAUGCCAUGGUCACAGGGCCAACCGCAGCAUCAACAACCACAACAGCAAGAGAGUGAUUCUUGAUUUCGCAAAGCAAGCAAAGUAGCAAAUCAAUGUAGUAGGCAUAUUAUCAUGCAGCUCUUUAUAAGUUAAAUUAUCAGUACAUCCGCUAGUUGCCUAGUAGGGAUGAAAACCACCAAAAUCUGGGGCAGUUGUGAGUUUGUAACAUUACCUAUUUCUCUAGAUUUUUCCUGUUGUGUGCUUCUUCCGAAGAAGAUGAUAAAAGACAAGUUAUUAUUAUUAUUAUUUUAUAGCUGAGAAGAGUUUAUACAUCAAUCAACAUUCACCACGAGA